AUGGAGUCUUUAUUGUGCAAGCCACAACAAGAUCUGAAGAGAUUAGAGAAGUUCAAUGGGAUGAAUUAUAAAUGUUGGAGCAUGAAGAUUAUGUAUCAACUUACAGCUACCAAAUUUCUCUAUGUGCUCAACACACCAUAUCCACAAGAUGGAACAAGUGAAGGACAACUUUCUGAAGCACAACAAAAAUGGGUGGAAGAUUAUUUUGUGUGCCAUUCAAUGAUCUUGAAUGCAAUAAGCAAUGCGCUCUUCAAUGUCUUCCACAAAAGUUAUCCUGAAUAUGAGUUAUGGGCUACUAUUGAACGAAGGUAUGCCAAUAAGGAUGCUAGAAAUAAAUCUUUUUUAAUUAACAAGUAUAUUGAUUUUAAAAUGGUUGAUUCCAAGUCUAUUGUUGAUCAAGUUAAUGAACUUAAUGAAAUUGCUUCUCAAUGUGCUGAUGUGGAUGAACCAAUUUUUGAGACUUUUCAAGAUAAUAUGCAUAAUGUUGAAAAUUCCUCAUCCUCCAAAAUUUCUAAAUCUAAGGUCAAAAAGUUUAAUAAUGGAAAUAAGGGUUUUUCCAAUGAAAAGAGGAAGAGAUUUGAGUCUAAGGAUGCUAGUAAUAAGAAAAAGAGAGGACCUUGCUAUGUAUGUGGUAAGAUGGGACAUUUGGCUAGAGUUUGUAAAUUCCACAAAGGUAAAAAAGAAGAAGUCAAUGUCUUGGAGGAAGAUGAAAUGGUUGCUGUUCUUACUAAAAUUCUUAUAGUGGACAAGGAUAAUGAUUAG